CAUGCAACAGUUGUAUUAUAAUAAUAGGGAUUUAACUGCCAGCGGUUUGUCAUACAGAACAAAUAUCGAUCCUGUAAUUUCAACGGAUUACGCCUUUAAUUUUCCAAGUAGAGAAGAUUACUUCGUCAUUGACGGUAGUAGGGUAGACGGACCAUUUGGUAUAUCAUUAAAACUUCGAACAACUCAAUCGGAAGGAGUUGUUUUGUAUAUGCCCGGAGCCAAUUCGAAAAAUUAUUUAAUGGCUGAAAUUCAUAAUUCUAGACUGGAAUUAGUCUAUAAUUUUGAAGGAAACCACUCUAGCUUAAGAAAUCCGAUGAGAGUCGAUGAUAAUAAGUGGCACAGUGUCCAAAUAGCUAUAUACAAAUCCGAAGGUGUAAAGUUAUCGCUUAUCCUACGAGUGGACGAAAAGUACGCAAUAAAGGGAAUGAACGAGAAUACAAAAUUCAAGACGAGCGGUAAAGUAUGGGUCGGCGGAGUGGAGGAUUUGCGGGAUUUACCAUCGAAAAACGUUAAAUCGAGAAGGGGCUAUCAGGGUUGUUUGGCGAAUCUCAACGGAAUCUUCAAUUUGAAGCCUUACGCAAAUAUUCUCACGCUGAAAGACGUUAAUGUGCAUGGCAACGUUGAGAGCGGAUGCUCUGCUCCCGAAAAUAAAUGCGGCGAUUCUACGUGCAAAAAUCAAGGUGUAUGCAUACUCCAUCCUACGAGAGUUAGUUGCGAUUGUGAAAUGACUUCUUUCGUUGGUAAUCAAUGCGAUCAACAUGCAAUUUCCUAUGCCUUUCACAAUGAAGAGACCAAGGCCGAUUCUGAAUCUAGCUUUAUGGUUUACGAUAUCGACCUUGAGCAUCCAGCCUCAAACCUAAAUGAUACAAUUUCGUUCGGCAUCAAAACUACAGAUUUAAGUGGCGACAUUAUAAAAUUGCAAAGUUCUCAUCAUAAUUUCUUUAUAAAAAUAGAACUAACUCAGGGAAACAUUUUGGCAUCUUUUAAUCUUGGAGGAGAGAAACCGGCAUCUCGUUUAUAUCUUCUUUCGCACGUUUCUGAUGGUCAAUAUCAUGUUGUCAGAUUUCGGCGUGAAGCCCAGAAGGCAUGGCUUCAAGUAGAUAGGAAUGAGAAUAUUGAGAUAACCAAGAAAAGAGGUAAAGUCAUUAAAAAAGAUAUGAAAAAGAAGUUUGGUCUAAAUUUAUAUCUUCAGGAAAUGGGGAAUAUUAAUGAGGUGCCACUUAGGUUACAUAGGGAGGGUAAACAACUCCUAUCCUACUAA